GUUUAAUGUCACUUCAGUAUAACUUCUCUACUUGUCUUCCCUCACAAGAUAACUUCUCAUUUCAUCACUUCCCUUUCGGAUUUCAAGCUCUCCUUUUUCCUUUUGCCAUGGAGAGAGCUCUAGUUCUACCGGGUGCUCUUCUUCUACUUUGCUUGUUAUCGUUGUUCCCUCUUCUUACCGUCUCUGAGGGCCCCAACACCGACUUCAUCUUCAAUGGCUUCAACAACUCAAAUCUUGAUCUUGACGGAGCAUCCAUAAUCAAGCCCAGCGGAGUCCUCAAGCUCACCAAGCAGUCGAAGUUUGACAUAGGCCAUGCCUUCUACCGGGAGCCCUUCCAGAUGUUCAAUUCUGUUAAUCGGAACGUCUCUUCCUUCAGCACAUACUUUGUGUUCGCAAUCAAGCCCCAGGUUCCAGGCCAGGGUGGGUACGGGCUCGCCUUUGUGAUGGCCCCGAAUACCAAGUUCCCCGGAGGACAGGCCGAGCACUACCUUGGCCUCUUCAACGCCACCACUGACAAGAAACCCUCGAACCACAUGCUCGUGAUCGAGUUUGACACGAGGAGCGGGUACAACGAUGACCGCGAUGAAGAAGGGAACCACGUCGGCAUCAACAUCAACGGCAUGAAUUCGACCAUGACGAUGCCUGCUAGUUAUUAUGAAGAUGACGCAAUUAGCAACGACAUGAAGUUGGAGAGUGGGGACCUAAUCAACGCCUGGGUGGAGUACGAUGCAAAGAGCAAACGCCUAAACGUCACGAUAUCGCCCUUUGAAGUUAAGAAGCCACGCAAGCCUCUCCUAUCCGCUGAUUACUCUCGCAUAGAUUUGGAUGCUGUGUUCCAGGAUAAUAUGUACAUUGGCUUCUCAGCGUCCACGGGAAGCACGAGGAGCUUCCACUACGUGUUAGGGUGGAGUUUCCGGCUUAAUGGGUCUGCCCCGUCACUCAAUCUCUCUCAACUCCCUCGACCACCGAAAGAGAAUGGCGAUCCGCCUUCCUAUAGGCCGAGGAUCAUAGCCCUUAUAGCAUCUCUAAGCGCCAUAACAGUAUGCCUGUUAGGACUUUUGAUCUUUUAUAUAGCCAUAAGAAAGAUCAGGAUGGGUCGCCAGGGCCUUGAGGACUGGGAGUUGGACUGCCCUCACCGGUUCCAGUACAAGGACCUUCACACGGCAACAAAAGGUUUUAAGGAAAGCGAGAAGAUCGGGUCUGGGGGUUUUGGCUCCGUGUAUCGAGGGGUCUUGCCCACUAAUAGGUGCGAGGUCGCGGUCAAAAAGAUCAUCGCUCGUAAAGAUUCGAUACAAGGGAUGAGAGAGUUUGUGGCGGAGGUCGAGAGCUUGGGGCGGCUCCGCCACAAGAACCUUGUGAACCUCCAGGGUUGGUGCAAGCACAAGAAUGAGCUCCUCCUCGUGUACGACUACAUCCCCUACGGGAGCCUCCACUCACUUCUCUUCAAUCGCCAAGACGGGUUCGUUUUGAGUUGGAACCAAAGAUUCAACAUAAUGAAGGGAAUCGCCUCAGGAUUGUUGUACCUCCACGAGGAAUGGGAGCAAGUCGUGAUCCAUCGGGACAUGAAGUCGAGCAACGUCCUAAUAGAUGAAGACAUGAAUCCCCGACUCGGGGAUUUUGGCCUGGCGAGGUUGUAUGAUCAUGGGCAAGAUUCGCACACCACAAAUGUUGUUGGAACCAUAGGUUACAUCGCGCCCGAAUUGGCCCGCACAGGGAAGGCUUCGGCGAGCUCUGACGUAUUUGCUUACGGUGUCAUGCUACUCGAGGUGGCCACGGGGAGGCACCCGAUUGGAUCAGGACCCUUCAUAUUGGUCGAUUGGGUGAUGGAGUAUCACGAGCUUGGGCGAACUCUCGAUGUGGUUGAUCAGAAGCUCAACUCGGUCUAUAUUGUCGAGGAAAUGCAGUUAGUGUUGCUGCUCGGCCUUCUGAGUUCUCAUCCUAAACCAGAGUCUAGGCCCACGAUGAGGCAAGUUGUUCGAUAUCUGAACCGGGACGAUCCACUUCCGCCUCUCAAUGACUUAGGCUCCGUGGAUUCCCGACGAAACAGUAUCAACACGAGGUUCUUGGAAUUUUUUUCCUCAGAUACGAUGACCACUACGUCCAAUGUAUUAUCUUCCAUGGGUGCUUUCUCCACUUCUUCUUUAGGUGCUGGUAGAUAGUGCAGGAAAUUGAGUUCAAAGUUAGGAUGACGAGAAAGAGAAACUUUACAUUGCAUGCCAUCUACAGAUACUCUGCU